UGCCUCUGACGGACCUUGUGGUGCAGACAAACCGAGCGCACCUCCGUUUCUGCGGAUUUUCUCAUCCUGCUGAGGAGGAACCUACAGCUGGAUCCGGAUCCAUCCUGAAGAGGACAGUCCGGACCGAACCGAGCCGAGCCGCUUCGAGCUGAGCUGAGCCGAACUGAACCGGGCCAGAACAGGCCUGAAAUACAGACAGACAGAGGGAGACGGACAGACAGACAGACAGACACACAGGCUGCUUCAUCUCCUCCUGCAGAGCCGGCCGGAGUCAUCCUCCCGAGGAGGAGGCGAUGCUGUGGGUGUGUUUCCCUCAGGAUAAUCUGACCCAGGAUCAGUGAUGCUGUUUCAGUGUUUCUGUGACGUCUGCAGGGACUCAAACCUGUGAGCUGGAUCCAACAUGGCUUCAUUAACAGUGUGUCUGCUGUGCGUCCUGCUGCUGCCUGCCAUCUCCGGUCUGCAGUCCGAGGACAGAGAGUGUGCCUUCACUGACCAGGUACCGGGGGAGGAGCUUCACAAUGGACCGACCAAUGAGCUGCGAAGAGUGGUACGAGAGAAUGGCACGGUUCGCUGUAUCCAUGGCUCCCGCUGCUUUGGACUGUGGGAAAAGAGACCCGACGGGGAAAUACAGCUGGUCAAGCAAGGUUGUUGGACUCACAUUGGCCACGAGCAGGAGUGUCGUGACGACCGUUGCAUGGUGACAGCGCCGCCGUCUCAGAUCCAGAACGGCAGUUACAGAUUCUGCUGCUGCAGCCGAGACCUCUGCAACACCAACUUUACAGAAGCCCCGCCCACUGCCGACACCCCCGCCCUGAGGCUGAUGAAGAAUGACGGGCGGGAUGACGGACAGACAGAUCACCAGCCCCUGAGGCGGGAGAAGACAGCGCUCAUUGCCCUGGUAACUGUCGCCAUAGCAGCAAUCAUCAUCGUGGCGUUGUUCCUGGGAUACCGUAUGAUGAAAGGGAAGCAGAAACACAGUCUGUCAGCUCUGGAUGUGAUGGAGGCUGCAAACACAGACGCUUCUGUCGACCUGGAUCAUCUCAAAAUACUGGAGCUGAUUGGUCGGGGUCAUUAUGGCACAGUGUUUCGUGGCUGUCUGAAUGAGCGCUGUGUGGCCGUCAAACUGUUCAGCUCAGCCAACAGGCAGAACUACACCAACGAGCGCUCCAUCUACUGCCUGCCGCUGCUGCAGCAACACGACAACAUCGCCCGUUACCUGACCGCCGACGAGAGGACGACAACUGACGGACGACCAGAGUUCCUGAUCGUCAUGGAGUACUACCCCCAUGGCUGUCUGUCUCGCUACCUGUCUGUCCACACAGUGGACUGGUCCACCUGCUGCAAGAUGACUCACGGCGUGACCAGAGGACUCGCCUUCCUGCACACUGAACUCUACAGAGGAGACCAAUAUAAACCAGCCGUGGCCCACAGAGAUGUGACCAGCAGGAACGUUUUGGUCCGAGCCGAUCUGUCCUGCGUCCUCGCUGACUUCGGUCUGUCCAUGAGGCUGACGGGAAGCCGGCCCUGUCGCCCCGGAGACGAUGACACCAUGGCCAUAUCUGAGGUGGGAACAGUGCGGUACAUGGCUCCGGAGGUUCUGGGCGGAGCUCUGAACCUGCGGGACUGUGAGUCUGCACUGAAGCAGGUGGAUGUUUAUGCUCUGGGGCUGCUGUACUGGGAGACCUUCAGGAGGUGUUCUCACCUGUUCCCAGGUGAAGCAGUACCAGAGUACCAGCUGGCGUUCCAGACCGAGCUCGGGAAUCACCCGACCUUCGAGGAGAUGCAGAUCCUCGUCGUCAGAGAGAAAUUCAGACCCAGAUUCCCUGAAGCCUGGAAAGAGAACAGUCUGGCGCUGCGUUCCCUGAAGGAGACGAUGGAGGACUGCUGGGAUCAGGACGCUGAAGCUCGACUCACCGCUCAGUGUGCAGAGGAGAGACUAUGUGAACUCACACUGCUGGGUACACACACUGGAGUACACAACCACAGGAACCUGUCUCAGGGGGGCUGGCCUCCUCAGGUUGGCUCCGCCUCCACCUACAUUGAGGAUCUUCAGGUGGGCGUGGUCAAGAAUCUCCAGGGAGACGGCUACCCGUCAUCAGUUGUCAGGACAACCACGAGUGGAGCAGACGGUGCUGAGAAGAACAGAAACUCCAUCAACUACGAGCGGCAGCAGGCGCAGAGUCAGGCCCGCUUGUCCAGCUCUGACAGCAAUGUGUCGACUACCACCGCCCCGACACCUGCCUCCACCCUCUGCACCAUCUCUGAGUCCACACACACAGGUGGCGCUGUGCCCAGUGUCCCAGUGUGCCUACAGCUCACUGAAGAAGACCUGGAGGCCACCAAACUGGACCCCAAAGAGGUUGAUAAGAACUUGAGGGAAAGUUCAGAUGAAAACUUGAUGGAACAUUCACAGAAACAGUUCGGUUCAACAGAACCACAAACUUCCAACCUGCUGUACCAUCAGAUACUACAAACUGCUGAGGUGAACAACCCUGUGUUGACUCUUCAGGGUGAACGAGGGGGUGUUGGUGGGGUUGAUACCCCUCCCUCCUCCUCAACCCAUGCACUCCCCAAACAGCAGAACCUACCCCAGAGGCCCACCAGCCUCCACUUCCUCCCCAAAACCUCCUCGGCCUCUUCUCGACUCAAACUGGGAAAGUUCAAGUCAAACCACAGACAGGUGGAAACUGGGGUCGCUAAGAUGAACACAGUAACAGUCGCCACAGCUGCAGAGCCCCAUGCAGUAACCACGGUGACUAAUAACACCAGCACAAGAGGCAGCGUUGCAGCUGGAGGCCGAGUCCAGUCGACAGUGGUGGUCGCUGAUGGCUACAGUGCGGGUGUCCCCACCCUGGUGACGAAUGGCAUGAUAGGUGGAGGUCGAACAAAUCCAGCAGGGCCCCAGCUGGAAGAGGAGGAGAAGAUGGAGGGAGGGAUAAUGGGAGGAGAAGACAACCGUAUGAACCUGCUCAACUCCAGUCCUGAUGAACAUGAACCACUGCUGAGAAGAGAACAGCCGCCUGCUGAGAGUGAACCGCCUCCACAUCUGCAUCAUCUUCAUCAUCAGUCCCGAGCCGGAAACAUAAUUUCAGGACGAGGCUCAAACUCCAACAACAACAACAACAGGAUACCGCCGGGAUCAGACGUUAAGAUUCAGGGUUUAGAGGAUGAACCUGGAAGGAUGAUUGGUUUAGAGGUCAGUCAGGGACGGGGCAUCAGCACUCCUAAACCUGAGCCACAUCCAGCAAGUCAGCAGUUGAGUGGAUCCACCACUCCUGUUUCAAGUCUCGAAAAUAAAAUUCUACUUUCUGGUCAAGCGAGACAAGAUCCGUCUGACCAUGACCUAACACCACAGGCCCCUCCCACUGGAUCAGAUACAGGCCCAUGUGUUCAGAAAGUACAGACCUCUGACUCUACCAGAAGCCCAGAGGAUCAUCUGGUCAACUCUGCUGCCACUGCCCUGGUAUCGGGAUACAGAAAUACAGAUUUUGGCUCAGCAAAAGCUCCAGUGCUAGUCUCAGAGGUCCCAGGAUCCUCAGUUUCACAAGCACAAGACCCGGCCAUCUCAACCACACCUUCAAAAGCCCUAAUUUUAAAUGCCCUAUCCCUUACCACAGGAGGUCAAGCCCUAAAAGCUCCAGCCUCAGAUCCAGAGGCUCCAGUCCUAAAGCAUCCUGCUCCAGAAAAUCAAAAUUCAGAAACCAAAGGUCCUGCAGAAGCUCCAACUCCACAACCUACAGCUCUACAAAGUUCAGCCUUAGAUCUGGGACCGGCCAAAGCCAAGAGGCGUGAGCGUCCUUGUUCCCUGGACUUGUCCUCAUCCUGCAUCUCCACAGAUGAUGCUUCUCUGACAGAAAAUGGCAGUCUGAGCAGUUCAGGUGAGAAAAUAAAACGUCGUGUCAAGACUCCGUACACUCUGAAAAAGUGGCGUCCAGCUUCAUGGGUUGUUUCCACGGAUACAGCUCUGGACCCGGACUUCCAGUUCAACACCAGUGGCAGUAGCAGCAACCAGACCAAUUUCACUUCUGGUCUUCAUAGAGCAGGAAGCAUUGGCAUCCCCAAAAUCAAUCAGUCAAAAUCCAGCAUGGCUGUGUUUUGGGUCGGAGGCGGAGCCACAGCGACCACAACCUCCGAGCCUGAUGGAAUGACCUGCUUCUAAAGUUUUGUUUUUGUAUUCCUAAAGGAGAGUGGAUUCUUUUUUUCACUUCUUUGUCUUCCUUCUCUUUUGUUGUGGAAAAUGGAGAUCACUGUAUGCCGCAUCGUUCAGCCUCCCCAGCACUGAACUGAAACUAAUGCAAAGUCUGAGGCACAGGAAAUGAACCAUGAUAAAAAGCUCCCAGGCUGCUGCAUUGAUUUGUUUAAGGUUUUUGACAGAAGUCCUGGGAUGUGACAUCAAAACAAUAUAAGAACUGUUCAUGACAUUUCUUAACAGCGAAUCGGUGUUUGGAUUUCUUGUUGCAUCUACAUUGUCUUAACUCAGCUGGACACUUUUUGAAGAAUUGCUGACUGAGAGGCUCAGUCCUGUGACCAUCUGUCUUCAGACUUUGACCCUGCCUGUGUAGCGCAAAUGCCCAUGAUGUCCAAAUUAUAUAUGUUGUUAAUGGUGAGGUAAGGUGAUUCCCUAACAUCUAGAAGAUUGGCUCCAAUUGCAGCUAGUCUGGCAGCUAGUUGGUGUGGUCAGUUGUUUAUAGGUAUGGCUUUGACCCUACCUGGGUAAAAAAGAGCCCAAAGGUCUCAGUUGAUGGUUGGGCAAAGGAAGUUCCUUUCUAGUAAACAUUAGGGUUCCUACUGCGAGUCAUUGUGAUACUACUGGGUGUGGCCAGUGGUGGCCAGGUGUGGUGUUGAGGACUAAAAUUGCCCAAGAUCUUCAAAAUCGUCCCACUAGUGAAGAGUGGAGACUCCCUUGCCUCUAGAGGAUUGGCCCCUGUUGUGACUGGUCUUGUGGCUUGUGGGCAUUGCUGUUGAUAAACUGAAGGGAUUCCCUAACUUCUAGAUAAUUUGGCUCCAGUUGCAGCUACUCUUGGGGCUAGUGCAGUUGUUUAUAGGUAGGACCUUGACCCUACCUGGGUAAAAAGGAGCCCAAAGAUCUCAGUUGAUGGUUGAGUGAAGGAAGCUCUUUUCUUGUAAACAUUUGAGCUACUACUAUAACCCACUAUUUGGAUUUUGAGUGCAGCCAGUAGUGGCCAGAGGUGGUGAUGAUCUUAUCUGAGGACUAAAAUUGCCCAAGAUCUUCAAACUACUGCCAAUGGUGAAGGAAGGAAAUGCCUUUACUUGUAGAUGAAUGGCUCCUUUUGCAACUAGCCUUGUGGUUGGUGGAUGUUGUCAGUUGCUAGUGGUUGUGGCCUUGAUCUUACCUGACAAAAUUGCACAGGAGCUAAAAAAUCUCUGUUGGUGUUUGGGUAACAAAAGUAUGUUUCUGGUAGACUCUUGUGGGGCUUCAAGCCUUCAAAAUCCUAAAUCUCUACCUGUCGUGGGUGAAGUCUGUUACUUUGAGAUGGCUCCUGUUGUGACUAGUCCUGUGGUCGGUGGAUGUGGGGCCGGCUGCUAAUGUAUAUCACACUGAUCCUGCCUUAGGUCUUGACAGUGAUGUCAUGUGGCCGAUGGUGCCCAAAAACUUUCAAAAUCCUGUCGCUGGUGAAGUGAGGGGACUCCUUACAUGUAGCUCCUGUUUGGACUAGCCUUGUGGUUGGUGGGUGUGAUCAGUUGCUCGUGGAUGUGGGUAUUAGGUACACUUUUGAGGUCCUAUGAGCUCACCUGUGGCUAGGAGAUGUGGACAGUGACUAGUGGUAGUAGUCACUAUCUGAGAACUGAAAUUUUCCAAAGCCUUGAAAAUUCCAAUUCUCUACCUGUCAUGGGUGAAGUCUGUUGCUUCUAGAGAGCUCCUGUUGUGACUAGUCUCGUGGCUAGUGGGCGUUGCUAUUGAUAAAAGUGAGAGUAUUGCCCAGGACCUUUAAAAUCCUGUUGCUGGUGAAUGCCGUUACUCCUAGACGGAUCCUGCUGUGAUUAGUCUUGUGGCUAGUGGAUGUGACUACUACUUGCUUGUGGGUAUUGAACUGAGGACCUGAUAGUGAUGUUAAGGAAGCUCCUUUCUGGUAGACAUUUGGGGUCUUGCCAUGACUUAGCUUGUGGCUAGUAGAAGCAUUCAGUGGCUUGUCAGUGUGACCAGAGUUGACUGGGGCCAGUAGUCAUAUUUUUUAAGCACUUUAAAUAAAGUUAGCAUUAUUUAGGGAACUAACAAACCAUAUAAAGGACACCUCGUGCAAUUACAGUAGUAACGGUGACAUUUAUUUAGGAACUUCUUCUCUUUGUGUUUUUUGUGUCUUUAUACAGUGUUUGUAUGAUUUGCUUUAAACCUUUACUCUAGCUAUGCAGUCAGCUUGUGACUCCUCUGCCUGUUGACAGUGUAUUUUGCGCAGAUUAAUCAACAUUACUGUUGGGGGAUCUUUGUUCUUCUAAUUUGCACUUUCUUUUAUGAAGUAGUUUGCCUUGUGAGAUCUGCUGUGACCGCCAUGUUAGAGCUGGAAGGGAAGUGGAACAGAAAAACAAAUUUGGUGUAAGAAAUGUGAGAUGAGCCAUGUUCCAUCAGUCACCUGUGUAACCUCGGCCACGUACAACCUCCUCAGGUAACUUAACAAUGCUGAUGUAGGCUAAACGUUUUCUUGCUAUUAUUUAAAAUGUAUUUGAAGACAAACAGAAGAUGAAGAGAGAUGAGAGGAAAAUCUGUUUUAAGAGACAGAAGAACGACAGAGUUGAUCCAAUGGACAAAAUACGCCUUCGAACAACUCCAAAGCUGUUCUGUUUAAAUGUUGUACUGUUAGUAACCAACCGUCCAAAGUUCCAGGACCAGGCUCGAUCCUACAGUGAGUUUAUUAGGAACACUGGAAGAAUCUAAAGGCCUCAGUACAUGUCAGACUUAAAGCCGUUUCUCACUAGUGUGAUGCAAAAAUGCAGUGAAGGAAAAUGGAAAAUCUGCACACAGAUUUUCCACAUGACAACUGUGCACACGUCUCCAGAGCCAGUCUACGACAUUUGUUCACGAGUGAGGGUAGAAUGGAGCGUGAGGUGGAUCAGCGAUUUGGUGCAGUGCCUGCAGUGAUGCGGGUGCUGUGCCGCACCAUUGUGGUGAAGAGAGAGCUGAAUGGGAAGGCAAAGCUUUCGAGUUACUGGUCCAUCUACGUCCCAACACUUACCUAUGGUGUUUGGGUGAUGACCGAAAAAAUUAGUUCGCAGAUACAAGCUGCCGAAAUGAGGCAAACGAACUUGAGUUUGAUUGAACCGAACCAAACAGGGCAGGUGUGAAAGCACCCUUACUGCCUUACCCUGACAUUCUUACCCGAACCCUAACCAGUCCCACUCCUCUUACCUAAACCUAAACAAUGAAAAUAGGGAGAGUAGGGCGAGUCUUUCCUCUGCUAUCCGAGGAUUCCUGAAUUUGUGACUUGGAGGUAUAACAUUAGAUGGAACAAAGGAUUUCAUUGGUGAAAAUCCACUGGAAUUGAGGUCUGUCUGAAUAUUUUUACCUCCAUAUGAAUGUUCUGCAGGGAUGUGCACACUUGGUAAGAACCCACAAAGUCAUAUUUUAGAAAUUUUGUGCUAAUUUUUCCGAUGAAAAUAUGUGCUUGGUAUGAAAUGGCUACAAUUGCUUGUCUGAUGGCCAAACAGCGACUGAAAGUUUGUUAGAAAGUAACUGAAAGUGUGAAUGAAAAAUGCUCAUGUUCAGACUUUCCUGUAAACCUACAGACACCUUCUCAUGAGCCCUCAAAGGCAGCAAAGGGUCGGCAACGUGCACAGUUGUUCCAGUAAACGUAUCAUAGAAAUGAUCCACAGCACUUUAUUCCAUUAUAACUACAGUGUGAACUGGCGCAGCCUCCUCAUCAUCCACAAGAUGUUGUAGACGAUGAAAAUUUGUACUUUUAGUCAAAUUAAAUCUAAACAAGCGAUGCUCUGUGUACGAGUAUGUUAAAAUUUAUAUUUUUAUGUUAUUAUUAACAAGGUAUAUGCAUUUAGUCGUAGUAGAGCAUUUUUAAAAUGUCAGAUCUUUUUAAUGGAGUUUGGUGAGGCAUUUUUAAACAAACAAAAAAAAUAGAGUGUUCGAUUAUGAACGAGGACUGAAUUAAAGCUCGCUCCAUUUUCUGCUUUUUUAUAUUUAUGUUUUGUUUCUUUUUAUAAUAAAUGAUGGCCAUUUCACAGUUUAAUUUCUCUUUUUUUUUAAAUGGAUAAUUUUAUAAAUGCCAAGUUAUAAUCUUUUCAAUGUUAAUGUAUGUGACACACCUAUAACUGCUCCUUUAAUGUGCACCUACAGUACAAUAAGUUCACUUAACAUUUAGAAAGCAUUACGCACUUUUUUAAAUAUUAAGAUUAUGUCUUAUUUUUCUGUUUGUCCUAAAUUUCAGAUUAGUUUUGUCAUAGUAUUAUUUUUCUUUCAUUGUAUUUUCAAAUGCUUUCUAAAAUGUAUUUCUGUUUUGUUACUUUUGUAUUUUCUACUGUUUGUACUGUUUUUAGAUAUGCUAACGUGUAUAUAUGGAUGACUAUUAUGUGUUUUACGUGUAAAUUUGUGAAGGCAGAUGAAGGUGUGACCCUGUUCAGAGCUAACUGAACCAAGGCUAACGUACUGGGUUAGGAUGCUAACUCUACAAACUGAAGGCUGUAUUUUAUACCACAGCGCUAGCUGCUUUCUGGAACAAAGGACAACCUAUAUGAUCUAGCUAGCCUUGAUCUACCUAUGCUGCAUUCAAAUGGAACUCCUGAGCCUAAUGAGUGGGUUUGGAAAUACUUCCUUUGGGUGCUGGAGUGUACUCUGGCGCAGACUGGGCUUAACUGUUCGCUAAUUUGUGUAGAAAUAUAACAUUCUGUUUCUUAGAACAACAGGGCUCUCACAUUCAUGUAGAGCGACAGAUCAGAUUUACCAACCCACCCCUUGUUUAUGACAUAGGUAGUUAUGAAUACAAACUAGUAAAUUACGAGCACUCAGAACAUUUCCACUUAAAAGGUUGUGAAUUUCACAACGAGGAGGUCCAUAUGGAGCCUUAACGCGUGAACACAGUAAACAUGACCCCAUUUGAGUGCAGCACUAGCCCAGGUCUAGCUAGCCCUUAUAUACCCACUGUGUCUCAAAUCACAUACCUUCAUAAGCACACGUCAGUGUAGUACACUAUGUAUGUGCGUGGCGCACUAAUUUCAACAAGGAAGUGUUGUCUCAAGACGCACACUGCCGUUUUGCACUUACCAGAAGUGACCAUGGCUUUUUUUUCAACUGCCUCUUCUUCUUCUUCUGCGUCCUCAUGAGGAUGCUGCAGUUUAAGCUGCAGCUUAAACGGCGAAUUGCAAACGGCAUUAUUACAUUUGACUAUAGCCAAACUUACACCACAACAUCAGUGCUGAUUAAAAUGUGUUGCUUUAGCUAGGAGCAAGUUCGCUAGCUAGCGAAAGCUAACCUUGACUAGCAAGCUAGUGUACCACAUUAUUACAGACUCAACAAACAUUACUGUGGCUUAUAUUUGUCAACACUUUUGGCACCUACUGGGGAAAAAAUUAUAACAGUGCUGUUUUGCACUUACUGGUGAUCAUGGCUUUUUUUUUUUUUUCCCUUUUUACCGCCUCUUCUUCCUCAUCUUGUUUUUAAACGGCAAAUAGCAAACAGACGAUGGAGCAUUAUCGCCAACAUUUGACUACUAUUCCCAUCGACACAGAAAUCAAAUUUAGGCCACAACGUCAGUGCUGAUUAAAAUGAGCCAUCGUAGUUAGGAGCAAGUUAGCUGACCAGCGAAUACCAACGUUAGCUAGUAAGCUAAUUGCGAGCUCAAUGUUCACAGUCAUCACAGACCCAACAAACAUCACCAGCAGCUUCUUUUCGACAAGAGUGUUGGUACUUGGAAAAAACAUGUUUAACUAACAGGGCCGUUUUGCACUUACUGGUGACAAUGGCUUUUUUUUUUU